AUGACGACCUUCCACGGGGAAAAAAAUCCCUACGUUUACCCCCUGAAUCAAGGGGUGACACAUGCGGAAAAUACCGUUGGUGAUGCCUUGCAGAGAAAAUUAGAAAGACUGAAUUCAACAAUAAUGAGUCAGGAUGAACAAGUUAGAAGACAGCACAUGUUUUUCGGCCAUUCCGGGUAUUCGGAAGAUAGCGAUUACACGAGCGAUUUAAAUUAUCCAAUCGGACAACAUCCCAAUUCGUCUGCAAGUCAGUUUAGAUCGGCUGCUCAACUCAUGAGAACUCCAGAUAGAUCCCUGGAAACGAGCCGUGAAAAUUCAUACGAAAGGGAUGAAAUACCUGGUCAGGUACACAUUCAGGGGAACAAUCAUUUAAUCACAAAUAAUUCUUAUCAGCAAGGAGGAUGUAGCGCGCAAAAUUAUUCAUAUCAUCAACAGAGUUAUAGAAAUUACAAUGAAGUCAAGGAUGGUACGAUAAUCAAUAUUUGUCCGGUUAUAAUCAAACCCAUUGGUCAUCAAAUUCUUCACAACCGAAUAGCAUACGACGGAAAAGAGGUAAGUAAUACGGGAACAAAACCGGAACAAUAUCAAAAUUACGGUGCUCAAAAUUAUACCGAAUAUUAUAAUGAAGAUUACGGUUAUCAAAAUGAAAGUUGCCAGAAUCGUGUAAAUAAAAGGCGUUCUUCCAAAAUAUUACCUGCUAACGUAUACUCAAAUUCUAGUCAAAAUAACGCUUACUAUAACGCUCAAAGAGAUGAUGGUCGGGAAAUCGAAACGGUGGAUGGAAACGGUGGUAGUACCAUGAGUACUACGGCGGCUGCGAGGCGGAAAUUAUUAAAACAGCAACGUCAAUCGAGUGAAAAUUACGGAUCGGCAACCGGAUGGCAGUCGAAUGAAAGUGGUACCGUUUGGGAAAGUGCUGAAAAUUACAAUUAUUAUUAUAGUGAUUAUAAUCUUACGGGUUCCACCGUCGUGAACGCUGCGUCACCGGUGUCAACCCCUGUUCAUCCGCAUAAAAAAAGAACUCUUCCUCAAAUAAGAGCCGUUUCGAGAAAUAAAACAUCAUCCGUUUCAUUGCCUCAAACACCCAUAAGACAAUUACCCAAUCCCAUGGCAGCUAUUAAUAAGCAACGCGUAAGUGCUCCGGUAUCAAGAACAACAUCCGCCGACUACGAACAAAAUGAUUUUUACGAUUCGAGAACGUUUAACGAAAAUUAUAAUUAUGCGUAUGUUAGUAGCGAUAAUUUAUUGAAUGAAAAGUUUGGUGGUGGUGGUGGUGGUUACUCGACUGAUGUUAGAAAUAGUGAAAAUUAUAAUACAAAUUAUGAAACCACCGAAAAGUUUGAUAAUUAUGAAAAUAAGGAAAAUUAUCCGGAAGUAAUUGAUAACUAUCAAAAUGUUUCCGACCACGCUUAUCAUCAUCAAGAUGUCGGAGAUUCAUCCGAGCAAUAUCAAAAUAUUCAAAAUCAAAAUUCCCAAGAUAAAUAUUACGCGCCUAAUUACUUUCAAGAGGAUAAUUUAAAAAAUUAUUAUGAGACUGAUGUAACGGAUGUUCGCGGAGGACAAAAGCACAAAGAGUUUUUAGAUAGGAGAGCAAACAGUCCGUUUGUUCAACAAAAUACGGAUUCGUUAGAAAGUAGAGACGAUGAAUUACGUGACGAAAGUUUUGAAACUGCUGUCGAUAGUAUUUGUUCGUCUAUACCUUUACAAAAAGGAAACGCUGAAUAUUCUUCAGUCGAUCCUGGUUACGAUUAUAAAUUCGAACCACCGAAGCCUUUAUUGCAACAAUCAGAAACGCUAACACCGCAGGCACAAUCUCAACGCGUCUUAGGCGGACUCUUUGGUCAACUAACCAAGUCUGCAUCACAAAAUGUACAGCAGCAACAAACUCAGAAGCCAGAUCAACGCUCAAGGGACCAACCAAAUCUGUUGACAAAUCCAGCGUUGGCGGCAAUGAAUGUCACAAAAGGAUUUUUCAGUUCAAUAUCAAACGCUUCACAGCACACACCGCAAGAUCAUAAAACCAUUGAAAAUCAAAUAUCUACCGUAUCAAAAAGAGGAAGUUUAAAACAACAGGAUUCAGUAGAAAGUGAACAUGGUUUUAAAAGUAAUCAAAAUUAUUACGAUAAUCAAGUUCAAGAUUACAUAAUACCUGAAGAGCCUGAAUAUUCCGACAGAAAAGAAGAAGAAUAUUUUGAAAAUCAAGAUAAAUAUUACGAUUUCGAUGAAAGAGAUUAUUACGAGAAUGAAGAGAAAGAUGGUUUUUCUAAAGAGGGAGACUUACAACCCGUCAGCGAACUUGAUCAACUGGAAUCGGAACUUCGAAAGGAACGAGCGCGAAAUGCUGACAAUUCUUCGUUUUCUAAAAAAACGGGUUACUUAAGGCAUCAGGAUACGGUAGAAUCCGAAGGUAAAAGAUCAGAUUACAGCAAUCGAGGGUAUUUAAGGCAACAAGACAGUUUGGAAAGUUGCGACAAAGACCCAAUUAUGCGACAUUCGAGUAUGAUAAGCGAACCCUCUUCCCCUGUCAUGGACAACAGGUACGAUAACGCGCGGGUAAGCGUACCGGACGCUUUACGGCACGGCAUGAUGGAAUCGAAUCACAUGGACGGUUUUCGGAAACGCGGUAGCGGGCACGAUAACAGUUUAAUCGAACCGUAUCAUCCGAACGAUGUCGAUCGUGAUAUUGCCAAAGACUAUCCGACUUCUCCUCCGGCAAUACAAAAACAACCAAACGUAGAUUUAGAAGGUAUCGAAGAGGAAGAAGUACCGAACGAGCCUUCGCUACUACCGGAAGAUGACAAACCGAUAUGUUUCGAAGUCGAACCGGAAGAAUCAAUGAAAGUACCCGUACCGGAAAGGCGAAAGUAUACAGCAAAGGAAAGAUGGCACAGAGCGUACAACAUAGUUGUUCAACAGAUAAAUGAUGAACCUUGA